AUGCAGAUUUGCAGGAACCUUCAGACUCAUUCCAGCCACAUCCAUCCUCAGGGUCAUUUCCCAAAACUAGAGAACAUUGCUGCCUUCAAACCCAUCUCCACCACCCCACCUCGUUCUUCCUGUGGGGUGCCAGAGAGGAGCAGCUACUGCCAGUCCCCUUCUACCCACGAGGAGCUUUUUAGGUGCUCUCAGGCUUUCUGUGUCCAGGACUGUCCAUAUAGAUCCUCCACACCCCCAUAUGCCCCACUGCUAUUGCCUGCUCACAGGGGUAUGUGUGUAACAGAGGAUAGCAAUGAUACUCAUCUUGGGACACAGACAGAGCCUGGCACUAGACCCAGUUUCAGUUCUGAGAUGCUUCCAUCUGGGUCCAGCAGUGUGGUAUUCUGGUCAUCCCAGGAAGGAUGCUUUAUAUCUCCCCCAUCACAGAACCUGGGACCAUUGGGAUCCCUUACCCUGGCAGUUUGGAUCAAACCAACAGCUCUGGGAGAUAUGGUGGUAGUGGAGAAGCGUUCAGGGGAACGUUUAGUGUUGGUCCUGUUGGUGUCUGAGCAGGCGGUUACGCUGCAGUAUGGCCAGUCUAGUGGUCAACUACCCCUGACUACCAGCUUCAAUACAGAGGGCAAGGUCACACUGGAAAGAUGGACACAUCUGGUAUUGCAGGUCCAUGACAGGCAUGUCAGCCUAUUCCUGGAUGGGCUAGAAGAAGAUGGGACACCAUUUGACACACAGCUUUUGACCUCAAGACUCUAUGAUAUUAGUGAGGACAGCACCAUGUGGGUUGGACUCAGCUCCAAUGGGUCUAAUCAGUUCAUUGGACGGAUGCAGGACUUAAGAUUUUAUCCUGCCACAUUGACUAACAGGGAGAUAGUGGAAGUGCACUCAGGGGUCCUGCCUCGACUUCAUUCCCAGUCAGAGUGUCGCUGUCCUCCCAGCCACCCCAGAGUUCAUCCCAUAGUUGAGAGAUACUGUAUUCCCAACUCAGUUGACGACACUACCAAUAACCGAGUAUUAAGGCUGAACCUUAAUGCCCAUCCUCUUAGUUAUAUCAAUGACCAAGACAUGGGCACCGCCUGGCUGUCUAGGACUAUGACUGCACAAGAGGACAUGGAUGAAGGAAUUACUAUUACUGUGGAUCUAGCAAAUGGGCAAUACCAGGUAUUUUACGUUAUAGUCCAGUUUGGUGGAAUUCUGCCAGAGCGGGUUCGAAUCCAGAGACAAAAUCGUAUCAGCACAGCAGCACAGAGCAGUACCAGCACAGACCCACUCUGGUUGGAUUGGCAGUACAUGGCCCGAGACUGCAGUGUGUUUGGACUGCAAAACAAUGGACCAUUAUUAAGACCCGACUCUGCCAACUGUCUACAACUGCCUCGUGAGGUGCCGUUCUCAGGAGGUAACAUCACGCUCAGCCUUUUGGCACCAGAGCCGAACCCCAGGCCAGGCUACAAUAACUUCUACAGUUCCCCUGGCCUGCAGAGGAUGGUACAGGCCACCCAGGUCAGGAUACAUCUGAGUGGACAAUAUCACACUCGAGGAGCAAUGGUGAACCACAGACACCAAUACUACACCAUCAAUGAAAUCACCAUCAGUGGCAGAUGUGAGUGCCAUGGUCAUGCAGAACACUGUGACACAAAUGUGACUCCCUACCGCUGUCUGUGUCUUCCUGAAAGCCACACAGAGGGACACAAUUGCAAGCGAUGUGCCCCACUCUACAAUGACAAACCCUUCAGGUCAGGUGACCAGCUCCAGCCAAUGAAUUGUCGGCCUUGCCAGUGUCACGACCAUGCCCAUUCCUGUCAUUAUGAUGUCAAAGUUGAUGACCAACCAGAUGAACACUAUAGAGGAGGGGGAGGAUUCUGUGACAACUGCAUGCACAACACUAUGGGAAAGAACUGUGAAAAGUGUAGAAGUCACUUUUUUAGGCUGGAGGGAUCUGACCCAAGUUCAGCUGAUGUGUGUCAGCCCUGCAACUGCCACACAGCUGGAACGAUCAACAGCAGCAUGGAGUGUGAAGAGGUAGGAGGUCAGUGUCAGUGUAAGGCUGCAGUUACAGGCCGACGGUGUACAGACUGUUUGCCAGGCUGGUAUGGCCUCCAUGCCAGACAUUGGACAGGCUGCGUGCACUGUAAUUGUAGUGACAUUGGUGUCACCAGCACCCUGGGUGGAGGAGAUCCCAGCUGUGAUCCAUACACAGGGCAGUGCCACUGCAAACCCCAUAUCACAGGUCUUUCCUGUGACCGCUGUGAAUUUGGCUACUGGAAUCUGUCUCACCCUCAGGGCUGUAUCCCAUGUGACUGUGAUCCACUGGGUUCACUCAGCCCAUUCUGUGAGCCUAAGGGGGGGCACUGUGAGUGUAAGCCAGGGGUUGGGGGGCAGCACUGUGAUUCGUGUGGCAGGGGGUUUUAUGGAUUGAGACAGGAGGGAUCCUGUACCCCCUGCAACUGCUCAAAUGAAGGAACUGCUCCUGGGACAGAGUGCAAUCCUCACACAGGACAGUGUGUGUGUAAAGCACAUGUGGGGGGUCGUCGGUGUGACUCAUGUCGUCGUGGCUACCACAGCCUAGAUCGUCGGAACUCUCUGGGCUGUCUGCCAUGUGUGUGUGAUGUCAUUGGUACAGUGCCAGGGGGGAUGUGCGAUGCAUUGACAGGACAAUGCCCAUGCCGAGAGGGGGUGGAGGGGUCACAGUGUACCCGCUGUGCUCAUAACUACUAUAACAGGAGUUCAGAUAUACAGGGGAGGUCUGAUGGGUGUGUACCAUGCACCUGUGACUCUAGAGGCACGGUGGAGGGGACAGUGUGUGACAGCACCACAGGGCAGUGUGUAUGUGUUCCCACACGUCACAAGCGAGACUGCAGUGGCUGCCGACCUGGCUUCUAUCUGUCGUUAGAGAGCUCUACUGAAGAAAGCAUCUGUGUCGAAUGUAACUGCCACCCCGUCGGAGCAUCACUGGAUGUGUGUGAGGGGCAUACAGGACAGUGUUUGUGUGCAGACCCCUCUGUGCGGGGACAAAGCUGUGACCAGUGUCAAGAGAAGAACUACGGAUUCAACCCUGGUUUGGGCAGGUGCCAGCCUUGUCUUUGUAACCCACUGGGCAGUGUAAAUGGCUCCUGCCACCCAGACUCAGGAGUCUGUCUGUGCAAGGCACUGGUUACUGGAGACAAGUGUGAUGUAUGUCAAUCUGGAGCCAGUCAUAUGGACCCUGAGAACCACCUUGGCUGCAGCAAAGCCCCUUCUCAGCAGCCCAUCCCACAUGGAUUGGUCCUCAGUUUUUCAUCCAUCCAUCUCUCCUGGCACCCUCCUGACUCCCCCAACUCACACAAACUCAACUACACGCUCAUCAGGGAUGGACAUCCAAUACACAGCAUCCAAAGUCACUAUCCUUUCAACCCUGAAUCAUUUGAAGACACUGGUUUGUUUCCCUUUGCCAAUUACUCUUACUGGCUUAGAACUGGUAAUGUGGCCGGCUGGACGGACAGCGCAACAGCCACUUACCAGACUUUAGCGGCAGUACCAGCCAAAGACCAGCUCCAUUUGAACCUUAUUGGGCGGCCAGGUCCAACCAGCGCAAGUUUCAACUGGACUACACCACGCAACGAUACUGGGCCAGUUGAGAGGUUUUUGUUAUCCUCCGUAGAGUCGUUCAGUGGUCCAGAACCUGUUGUCCAUUACAGCGGAUUGUCCACACAGGCAGUAGCAAGCGGUCUAAAGCCUUUCACACAAUACACGUUUACAUUGGAGGCAUGUUCGGCUGGAGGAUGCACCUCCACUCCUCCCUUGUCCGUCCUCACAGGCUCAGCAUCCCCACGGGACCAACACCCACCCAGGAUCAAUGCCACAGGACCACAUACCUUUCAUGCUGCAUGGGGACCCCCCAAAUAUCCUAAUGGAGUCAUCACCCAAUAUGAAGUGUUCCUGCGGGGACCAAUGGAAUCACACAACUUUACAAAUACUUCCAAAGGAAGGAGAGUCUUCAUGAGCUCUGGUUGGUUAGAUCCCAGUGUCACUCCAGACUUAAAUGGCACCAAUGGGAGCAUCGUUCCACCCCCAGAGAGCAGUGCAGUGAUAACGGGUCUGCAGUCAUUUUCAACCUAUCAGAUGAAAGUUGUGAGCAUCAACAAGGCAGGCAAUGUGACAUCAGAAUGGACUACCGCGCGCACUAUGGAGGGAGCUCCAGAGUGGAUGGCUCCUCCAGAGGUGUCUGUGAUGUCAUCCUCCAGUCUGAAGGUCACCUGGAAUUCGAUUGAAGGCCACGGGGUCAUUGCGAGGGGAAAGGUUACAGAAUACAGAGUUAACCUUCUCACCGAACAAACCAACAGUCCCUAUGCUCCCCCAGUUAUUAGUCAGGUGAUACACAGGGCAGGGCCAUCAUCAGAGCCUGUUUAUGUAGUCGAAGGACUAAAACCUUACCGAUGGUAUAACUUCACUGUCACUCUUUGCACAAAGACAGGCUGCAUCACCAGCCUACCGAGCACAGGGCGGACUCUACCGGCAGCACCAAAAGGGUUGUCUGCACUUAGAUUACAGCCAGUGAAUGAGACUGCCAUGCAGAUGCACUGGGACCCCCCAGCCCAACUGAAUGGACCGCCACCUCUCUACCAGGUGGAGCGGACUGAUGUAUCUCUUUCGGACUCCAGAGACCCUGUGGUCAGGGGAACCAGGUUCCCAGGGAGCAGUUAUUAUCUAUUUCCAAGUCACACCCUUCCUGUCAACACUGACUUCACAGGUAUCCAGUUGAGUUUCAGGACUCGAUUCUCGGAUGGCCUGUUGUUAUCUGCCUUCUCCCCAGGAAACCAGGAGGAGUUCUUGGCUCUACAAAUCCUGAAUGGACGUCCAUACUUCUUGUUUGAUCCACAGGGCUCUGCGGUGGCUGUGGGCGUUCGUGGUGAUGGAGGCCGUCGUUAUGAUGAUGGACACUGGCACAGCAUCAUGGCAACAAGGCGAGGGGCCGUGGGAACAAUCGUUGUCAACAAUCAAUACAGAGGUCAAGCAUCAGCUUCCAGCGGCAGCACCAUUAUCGGUGAGAACACGGGGGUGUUUAUUGGGGGGCUACCUGAAGAUUUCACUCUGCUCAGAGGUGAUUCAGGGGAUAUCCGGAUGGUGCGGCAGGGGUUCUCUGGUUGCAUUAGAGAUGUGUGGUUGAAGAUGAUUGACAGCCCAUCAGAAGAGUGGAAGCCUCUGGAUUGGUCUAGUACAACUGAGAGGGUGGCAGCCUAUGAGAGCUGGGAGGGAUGUCCCGUCCAAGUGGAUGAGGGUGCUCAUUUUCUGGGUCAAGGUUACUUGGAAUUGGGUAGCAAUGUGUUCAGCGGCGGAGUGGAUUUUGACAUAAGUAUGGAAUUUAGAACAGAUCAGCUCAAUGCUCUGCUGAUAUUCACGUACAGCACACACUCUGAUGACUACUUGCUGGUGGAGCUGGAAGGCGGUCUACUUUCCUUCGUAAUUUCCUUGGGAGGUCAUGUGACUGAGCUUGGCAUGUGGAUUGGGCUUAGCUACUGUGAUGGAGACUGGAACCAACUCUCAUUGUCAAAGCAUAGUUCAGUCUUCUCUGCCACAGUCAAUGAUUGGGCAGAGGAAAUGAGGGGGGAAGGAGGAGAGAAGAGAUUGAUAGUUGAUUCACCGGUAUAUGUGGGCGGCGUGCCCACUGAGCUAAUGCAUCCAGAUCUGGCCAGAAGAAGUCACAGACAUGGCCUGGGAGGCUGUGUGAGGGGUCUGACCAUUCGAAGUGAUGACAACAAACCUCCCAUCAGUCUUCCUAUUAAUCUCGCCACUGUCCACCACCGCUCUGUUCACGUUUACCUUGACGGUUGUCCAACCAGUGAAAGUCGGUUCCAUUGCCGUGGAAACGAUUCGGUGUUAGUGUAUACUGGGAGAGAGACACAGGCUCGGGAUUAUAGCCUACAACAUUUUACUGAAUAUCUGUACAGGCUUGUGGCAUCAGCUGCAGGCGGCUGGGCAGCAGGACCUUGGAAGAGAGGACGCAGUCGAGGCACUGUACCUAGGUACAUCCCACCCCCAAGCACAGUGCUUAGUGAAAGUGGCUUCAGUGCCAUGGUGAGCUGGGCCCCACCCACAGGUGACAUCAGAGGGUUGAUUGACAGGUACAAGUUGAGAGCCUAUGAAAGGGACCACUCAAAUCGAGAACCAGUUGAAGUCAUAUACCUUGCUAAUGGGAAUUACACAGGGGUGUUGUCAGGUCUGACUCCAUACACACGUUACGUUGUUACAAUAAGUGCCUGUACGCCUGUUGGCUGCACUGAGAGUGAUCGCCUCAGUGAUGGUGGUGAGGGGAGGUGGAGCUUCACAACUCCAGAGGAAGCUCCAGAGGCUGUGGCUCCUCCAGCUGGCAUCUCAUCCCCUUCCAGUCUCUGUGUCACCUGGGGACCCCCAGCUAGACCCAAUGGACACAUCAGAGAGUACCGCCUCUAUCAUAACAACAGAAUGGUCUACAGAGGGAAUGAUACACUAUUCAAUAUCACUGGUCUUGGUGUUUAUUCCACCCAUGUCUUGGUGCUUAGUGUGUGUACUUCAGUGGGCUGCACCAACAGCUCCCAAGUCACCAUGCUAACCUCCCAGCUUCCACCUGGACUUCUACAACCACCAUCUCUAACCCUGAUAGAUGCACGAACCAUUUUGGUUGAGUGGUCUCCUCCCUCACAGGUAAAUGGGAUGUUGGAGUCCUAUUCUCUCUUCCUGUCACAUGACUCGACUGAGCCUGUGCGGGUCUAUAAUAGCUCAGAGCUGUUUGAAGACUAUACCCUCCGCCAUCUGACCCCUGGAACAGUCUACACCAUCACUCUAGAAGCCUGCACAGGAGGUGGGUGUACCUUGAGCCUCUCCAGCGAGGUCCAGACUGAGGAAAGCACCCCAGAGAAUGUUCCGGCACCUCUGGCAAUCCCUUUGUCACCCCAUGUGCUUAACGUUAGUUGGAAGCCUCCUGAUAUGCCCAAUGGUGUAAUAACCAGCUAUGGUCUCUGGCUGGACGGCAAAAUUGUUUUGAAUUCAACUUCCUCCCAAAGGUUCUUUGUGGUGGAUGGUCUUACUCCAUGGAGCCAACACACACUCAGACUACAGGCCUGUACAGCACAGGGCUGUGGCAAGGGACCAUUGGUGGAGAGCCGUACGUUAGAGAUGGCCCCAAUGGGACUUCUUCUGUUGGAAGUGACCAGUCAGGGCUCCCGUUCACUCCAAGCUCGAUGGACAGCCCCCCCCAGACCCAAUGGAAACCUCAGCUACACACUCCACUACAAAAGCAAUGAUGGUGAUGGUGUAUUGGAUGGUGGUACAGCAGCAGGUAGCUGGUUCCCUGUAACAGGCCUUAGGCCCUUUACCAACUACAGCUUUUGGAUCAGAGCCUGUAAUACCCAGGGCUGCGUGGAGAGUCUGCGUCGUGAUGUUACAACACCACCAGCAGCCCCGGAGGGGUUGUUUCCCCCAAGGACAACAAAUGCCAGUGGUACCAGUCUGAAUGUGUCCUGGUCUGCCCCUGCCCAAGCCAAUGCACCCGGCCCACUCUACUACAGUCUGUACACGAGGGCAAUGCCACAAGGACCAGUGAUACGCCUCCUGGAGAAUACAACGGAUGUCUUUUCCUAUUUUGUGGGCGGCCUGUCUCCGUACACGCUCUACUUAUUUAGGGUUGUGGUUUCACACACACAUGGACAGACAGCCACCUCCUGGGCCAGCCUGUGCACCAUGGAAGACAGUCCAGGACCAGUGAAUCCCCCAGCAGUAUUAAAGCUCCAUCCGCAUAAUGUUACAGUUACCUGGGUUCCUCCUUCUCAACCCAAUGGACUCAUUACCAAUUACACCAUCUAUCUCCACCCUGGCUCUAGUUUUAACUUAACUCAUAACCUCACAUCUAUCUCUAGCAGCAGCACAAACCUCACUUCCAGUCCAGUUUUUAGACUUGGCUUUAAACCAAACCUCAUGUCCAGUACUAGUCCCAGUAAAAUGCCAAGCCUUAACCGAGUUCUUGAAACAGGACCAACGUCUAAUCUUACCACAACAGACUCGAGCCUCUCCAUGUUCAACCCAGGCUUUACUGCCAUCUCCAACAGCCAAGGACAUUUACUAGACCACAUCUCUAGCGCUGUCUCAAGCUCCACACCUGGUGACUCAGAAGUCCCCCCUGUUAGCUCAAACACUGUUUCCAAUUCAAGGCAACAUUCCAGUUUCAUCCCCUCACGUUCUGCUGAAUCCAGUACCAUACUCAGUACAAGUGGAAGCCCGACGCCUGUUCCGUCUAGCCAAGCAUCCCACGAAGUCAAUGACAACUCUACACCUGAUACAGGCCAAGACCUCAUUAGCAGCCUUAGCUCCAGUUAUGCUACCACGGGCUUCAGUGUCAUUUCAUCCCCCCUGUCAGUUACUGUUUCAGGGAACACCACCAGUUAUACCUUCCUCAACAUACUUCCAUAUGAGAUCUACACCUUACAGGUAAAAGCAUGUACUAGUGUGGGCUGUUCACUGUCUUGGACGUCACAGCCCUUUCGUACCCCCCCAGCCCCUCCUGAGGGGAUCCCUGCCCCCUACCUUUACUCUGACACCCCCACAUCUGUCCUCCUGUCUUGGGGGGCACCAGAAAGAAACAAUGGACCGCUAGAGGGUUGGUUGGUUGAGCGCAGGGUGGCUGGUACCACCAAGCCCUCCACAGUGGGCCAUUUACCUCCAUCCCAAACCCCCGUCUCCUACUUGGAUUCAUCCUCAGCUCUCAGUCCCUGGACCAACUACCAGUACCGGUUGGUUGCCCACACCCAGGCUGGCGGCAGCACAGGACCAUGGGCAAAUGUGACCACCAGACCUUCUCGGCCAGCAGGUCUCAGUCCACCAAGGUUGACCAUCUUGGGGCCAGAGUCACUCCAGGUCACAUGGUCCCCUCCUCUUAAUGCCAAUGGAGAAAUUGACACCUAUGAGAUUCGCCUUUCACAACGUUGCAUCUCUCACAACAACAAGAAUGGCUCUGAGCUCAACCUCACAGUAACAGGCCUUGUUCCGUAUACAAAGUACAAUGUCACUGUUCUAGCAUGUUCCAAGGGGGGUGGGCAUAUUGGAGGAUGCACAGAGAGCCUGCCUACUCAAGUAACUACAUUACCCACAGUACCCCAGGGUCUUGCACCACUGGCAGUGGUGGCUGUCAGCGAGUCCUUCUUGGCAGUAUCCUGGCAACCUCCAAUGAGACCCAAUGGACCAAACCUCAGAUAUGAGCUGCUCCGACGUAAAACCCACCAGCCCCUGGCUAUUGUCACCAUCCCCACGGCAACAGGACCGCCCCUUCCCCCCUCCAAAGAUCUCCAUCGCUGGCUCCAUGUUUACUCCGGCACCAAAUUGUUCUACCAAGAUAAAGGCCUAAGCAGAUUCACCUGGUAUCAGUACCAGUUACUGGUCCAUAAUGAUGAGGGCUACUCCUCAGGAGAGACUGUUACUGCAGUUACCAUGGCAGGGACCCCCCUCCAGGUGCCAUUUCUGUCUGCUCUGCCUGUUAACCACACCGCCAUACAGGUCAACUGGACACAACCUUCUCUACAAGACCUGCAGGGAGAUGUGGAGUUCUACUUCCUCGCUAUUACUUCUGUCAACUUCAGUCAAACUUUGACUUUUGCCCCUGGAAUUGUCUCUGCAGUGAUAACGGACCUUUGGCCUCGUACCAUAUAUCAGGUGUCAUUAAAAGUGUCCAAUGGAGCCCACAACACCACUGAAGUAAUGGUUAAUGUCACCACAAAGGACGGAGAACCGAUUGGUUUAUCUGCCCCAGAGGUGGUUCCGGUUAACAGCAGUGCUGUGCGUGUCCUCUGGUCCCCUCCUUUGCAGUCUAAUGGAGUAAUAAGCAGUUACCACAUCUACCUCAAUAACCAUCUCCAUGACAGCACAGAUAACAGCUCGGGGUCCUACUUGCUGGGUGAACUCCUGCCAUUCACAAUCUACAGUGUACAGGUUGAGGUGUGCACUAUGUAUGCAUGUGUUAGGAGUAAUAUUACCCAGACAACCACAGUGGAGGACCUCCCUGCUGACCUGGCCAUCCCACAUGCACAAGUGAUCAGUUCCAGGGCAGUGAGGCUGGAGUGGUCCAGUCCAGGCAAGCCUAGUGGGAUCAUGCUGGGCUAUGAGAUCCUCAGACGGACACUCAGGCCAUGUAGUGGAGGGUCAACAGGGGUCACAACCCCUGUGGGGGUGGAGACAGGGGAAGGCGAAGGGGGGAAAGUCAGGUGUUCCUACAUGGAGUGUCCUGUCACUCACAAUGUGUGUGGGGCGUCCUGCUUCCAGCCUGACAUACAAGUAUGCUGUGAGGGAGCAAUAUACACUAGGAAGUCACAUCAUACAUGCUGUGUGGGGCAUUACCUGAGCCUGGCUGACUCCGCCCACUCUGUCUGUUGUGGAGGCAAGCUCCUCCCACCUCUCCCCGAACACCAAUGCUGUGGAGAAUACUAUGUCGCCGUACAAACUGGUGAACAUUGCUGUUCCGACCCCUCUCAGGGCCGUGUGUCAGUGGGACCAGGUGACAGCUGCUGUGGGGGUCUGCCGUAUUCCCUGGAUGGGGGCCAGCUCUGCUGUGGCGGAAAUCUUCAGGAUGGCUAUAGGGCCCAGUGUUGUGGGGGGCAAGUUAUUGACCAUACACUGGUGUGCUGUGGUGAUGCUGAAAAGGGAAGAGUGCAUACACAUACUUCAGGUUUUGUCUGCUGUGGUCAGGAAUACAUAAACCCUUCCACCUCUCUCUGCUGUGUGGACCACCGAGAUGGACACCCCAGAAUACACCCUGUUGGCAAUGCCACAGUAACACUAAGAUGCUGUGGGUCAAAGGUCAUACACCAGGGAGAGGAAUGUUGUAAUGGCAUUGGCUAUGACCCUGAAAGAUACGUUUGUGCUGAUAAACCAACACCUGGACUUUUAACACAGCCCCAGUGUUUGCAGGGUGCUGUGUGUCCUGUAGCCGCAGCCUCUACAGCUUACUGUGGUUCCUGUGACCUGGACCCGUCUAUAACUACCUGCACAUGGGUCCUGACCACUCAUGCACAUGCUGACACACACACCCCAACAACAGCAUAUUCACCUUCUGUGACCAUUUCACAUGGAGCUAAAACUGUAGUCAUGGGUAUGGAUUCACAUCAAACUAAUAACACACACAGAGCGGCGGAUACUACACACACACAGCAUCUUUGGUCUGAGAGAGGCCUGUGUCCCUUUCCUGAAGAGGUGGUUUACAACGGAGAGGCCAAAAGAUACACAUACACAGACUCUGAUUUGGAGCCCUUUACCACCUGAUUCAGAGUGAGGGGUUGGAACAGUGCUGGGAAGGGCUCGAGUGAUGUAAUCACUAUAACCACCAAUGAAGACACACCCUGGGGAGUGGCACCGCCCCUCUGGAGUCGCCUAGGUGACCGAGAUGACAUCAUUCAGCUGCACUGGCAGGCCCCUGCCAGACCUAAUGGUAACAUAAUCCACUACAUCAUCCUGCGUGGUGGACGGGAGCGUUAUCGUGGUGAUGAGAACAGUUUCAUUGAUGUAGGUGGGAUCAGGCCAUUCCAGGAGUACAGCUACCAGCUACGGGCUUGUAAUCGGGCUGGAUGUACAGACAGUGCACAGGUGGUUGCGGUGACAGUCCAGGGGGUUCCAGAGGGGGUGACACCUCCCACGGUGACAGCCUUAAGCCCCACCACCCUCCAUGUGAGCUGGUCUGAACCGAGGCGAGCCAACGGAAUUGUACAGCAGUACCACCUCAACCAGACUGGAACAGGAACCAUAUACACACACACUCAAGGACCCAAAACCUAUACAGCAACCGGUUUGAAGCCGUUCACCGACUACAGUUUUGUGCUGGUGGUGUGUACAGCUGUUGGCUGUGGAGACAGUCUGCCUUCCACAGGACGCACCCUUCAAGACUCUCCGGCUGGAGUAUGGUCAAAACCUAGACACCUAAUAGUAAACACUUACAUGGAGCUGUACUGGGAUCAGCCACUGCAGCCCAACGGGCAGAUCUCCUCCUAUCAACUAAUUAGAGAUGGUCAUGCCAUUUUUACCGGAGACCAACAUGACAGGAACUAUACUGACACUGGCUUGUUGCCAAACCACAGGUAUGUGUAUGAGCUAGAGGCUAGUACAGGCGGUGGGAGUAGUGUCAGUGACAGGUAUGUCAUCCAAACUCCAGCCUUCUGCCCCACUGGAAUCCCACCUCCCCACAAUGUCACAGUUUCUGGUCCCCGCUCCCUCUUUCUAGCCUGGACUCAUCCUGCUCAGUUCAACAGUAGUCAGCGUCUACAUUACAACAUCCUGGUGAACCCAGGAAGUGUCACAGCCAAAGUGCAGCCAGCUGGGCAGGACCUGCACCACAGUGUAGUAGAUCUGGAGCCUUUCACCACCUAUUACAUAAGAGUACAGGCCUGUCAGAUUGCUGGGUGUGGAGUAGGGAAGGGAGUGCAUGCUCGGACAUUGGAGGCUCCACCUGAAGGGUUGGCACCACCCACAGUGAAAGCAGCUGGAGCCAGGGUCUUGGAGGUCCACUGGUCAGCACCCCAAAAACCCAACGGAAUCAUCACCUCCUACUUUAUACACAGGCGUCCAGAAGGCACAGAGGAGGAACUGCUGGUUUUCAUCUGGUCUAAUGGACCGUUUGUGUUCAUCGAUGCAAGCCACUCCCUCCAGCCUUUCAGCCAAUACCACUACAGGAUUCAUGCCCACAACUCCAAAGGUUCAGUUCAUAGUCAAUGGGCCUCAGCCCUCACCCUUGAAGCAAGACCGGAAAAUAUGGCCCCUCCCAUUGCUACACCCACUAGUGCAUACUCAGUUCAUCUGAAGUGGAGAGAACCAAGCGUCCCCAAUGGUCUCAUUUCCCAUUACAGACUGGUUUACAAAAAACACCAACAGGACCCAACACUCAACUCAUCUACAGUUACUGCUCUCACUGUAGAAGGUUCAGACUUAGAAGCGACUGUCUAUGGUCUGGAGCCUUACAGCGAGUAUAGUCUGCGGGUUGAAGCUGUGAACAGUGCAGGCAGAGUUUCCAGUCCGUGGGUGGGGACUCGGACCCUGGAAGCAUCUCCAGCCGGCUUGACAAACUUCACAGUGGAACAGAGGGAGCAGGGCAGGGCACUACUGCUAAACUGGGAUCAGCCACACACACCCAAUGGAGUCAUCAGGAUGUAUAACUUGUACAGUGAGGGGAAUUUGGAGUUCAGCGGUCUGUCUCGACAGUUCCUAUUUAGACGCUUGGAGCCAUGGACUAUUUAUACUCUGAUUUUAGAGGCCUGUACUUCAGCGGGUUGCACACGAACCCCUACCCAGCAGGUUACCACAGAUGCAGCCCCCCCUGCUUCUCAACCCGCACCUAUACCUCUCUCCAUUGGCCCAGACCAGGUGUCCCUUACCUGGGGCCCGCCCUCCCAUCCUAAUGGCCCAAUAGGAGAGUACUUCCUGCUCGGGCAGAGUCUGGAUGAAGUAGGGAGGGGGAGGAGCAAUGAAGAGGAUAUGAAAGGAAAGGUGCUGUUCAGAGAGACUUCUACCCAAGAAGCCAGCAGUUUCUCCUACACGGUGACUGGGCUGCGUCCCUGGACACAGUAUCAGUUCAGCAUCCGUGCUCACAACCCAGCAGGCCACACCCUCAGUCCCUGGGUUAACGUUACAACCAAACAGGCCCCACCCAGUGGCCUGGCCCCUCCAACUGUUGCACAUCUUGAGGGACACCCCAGUGAGCUGUUGGUGUCCUGGAGCCCUCCUCUGGAAACCAACGGGGUCCUGCUGUCUUACAGGAUUCAAAGAAACAAUGUCAGCUUCUCGUUUAGUUUUGACUCUGCCAUUCUCAGCUAUAUAGAUGAGGACCUGUUGCCUUUCACUUCAUACAGCUAUGCAGUCAUAGCCUGUACAUCUGAGGGUUGUGUCACUACCCCUCACACAAACAUCACAACUUUACAAGCUCCUCCUGCAACAGUGGAACCUCCUGCAGUGAACAACAUCACAUCUAAUAGUAUAAAUGCUACAUGGAGUAUACCAGUAACACAGAAUGGGGAGGUGACAGAGUUUGUCCUUAAACUGAAUGACGAAGAGGCUUAUCGAGGGAGAGGCCUGCAUACAGUGCUAUCAGGCCUAUGCCCUAACACGUUGUAUCAUCUCCUCUUAUUGGCUUGUACCAGUGGUGGGUGUACCCCCAGCGCCACAAUGUCCAUGGUAACUGGGGAGGCCCCUCCCUCUGGUCUACUGGCACCAAGUCUUAAGAUCACUGGCCCGGAGUCCAUGGAAGUCAGUUGGAGCCCACCAGAACACCCUAACGGCAACAUCACAGGGUAUGAGCUCAGAAGGGACGGCGAGGUCAUUUACGUUGGCAUGGAAACUCGAUACCAUGACUUCACACUGUUGCCAAGCGUAGAGUAUAGCUACGUCGUCAGGGCCAACAACAGUCAAGGGGCGGUUAACAGCUCAGCUGCUACAGCCAAGACUCACCCAUCAGCUCCCUCUGGUGUAGGGCCCCCCACACUGCAGCCUGUGGGAUCAAGCCAGAUGAGAGUUGAGUGGAGCACUCCUGCUCGUCCUAAUGGAGACAUUGUCAGUUACACAGUGUACCAGCGAGACCCGACCCAACUGAGAACCACCAGCACCACAUUCACUCCAGAGCACAGUGCCUUCAUUGGCCGACACACCACCCUGCAGGGGCUGGAUCCCUUCCACAGGUAUGAGGUGAGGGUGGAGGCCUGUACGGCACUGGGCUGCUCCUCCAGUGACUGGUCUUCUGUUCUCACUCUGGAGUCUCCACCUGCUGGGCAGACCGCACCACUACUUGACUGCCAACCAGACACACACACUGGCCUACAGACCACUUUCUUGCUCACCUGGUCCCCUCCGGCCCAACCUAAUGGUAAACUUCUGCACUAUGAAGUCUACCGCAGACUGGAUCAUAUCACAGAUGCACGUGGAGGUGCUGCAAUUACACUGGUCUGCAGGGAUAUUUCACUCACUUGCCGAGAUGAAGGUCUCCAGGCAUACACCUCAUACCAGUACCAGGUUGUGGCAGUGAACUCGGCUGGUCAUUCUGCCAGCCCAUGGGCUAAUGGGAGAACAGGGCCUGCCCCGCCUGAGGGUGUAGGAGCGCCCACUUUCCUGCACAUCCUUGCAAUCUCAGCAGUAGUUGAUAUCCAUCCUCCGGCACAGCCAAAUGGCAUUAUCAGCCUUUACAGGGUGUUCUCACAGGACCGCAACACACACACACUGCUCUCGGAGGGUACAUCACAUCAGCAGACACUCCAUGGUUUGCGUCCAUACACGCAGUACUGGGUAGGGGUGGAGGCUUGCACAUGUUAUAAGUGUUGUGGCCAAGGACCACUGAGUGAGCUCCACACCCUGGCCGCUCCCCCUGCUCAGCAGCUUCCUCCUCGUCCCAUUACCACAACGUCCCGCUCUGCUCAGCUGGAAUGGGACGAGCCCCUGGCUCCCAAUGGACUUAUUGAGAGCUAUGAGCUACAUGUGAGAUCAUCUUGUCCCCAUCCCCCCCAGCCUGUGCCCCUCCCCUGUGCAGAGGGACCAGUAGAAACCUCUUUCUUUGGCAAGGGGCGGAGCUACAAUGUCACAGGUCUCCAGCCAUACUCCACCUAUGAGCUAAGAGUUGCCUGCUUCAACAACAUGGGCAGCACUGCCUCCAACUGGACUACUGUAACCACACUUGCAGAGUCCCCCCAGUAUGUCGCUCCCUUUUCAGUGGGCAGUAACCUGACUAUGGUAUGGUUGGACUGGGGGGACUCCUUCUCUCUUAACGGGCCCCUGAGGGAGUACAGUGUAACUGAGAACCAGCUGAGGAUAUAUGCUGGUUUCCACAGCUACCUCCAUGUACCACGUACUUCACAGAAGACUCUGUCAUUUCAGGUGACAUGCACCACAGGCAGUGGAAGUGCAAGCACUCCCACCAUCAGAUACAGCCCUGCCAUGGGUCUAGUUGAGCCAACAGAAGGCACAAAACAAGGAGUCAGCCUGUCAGGAACCCCAGUUUACUCUGAGCUGUGGUUCAUCUUGCUGUUAGCACUUCUGGGUCUGUUUCUACUAGCUAUACUACUGGGACUAGUGCUACACAGAGCCCUGAGUAAGAAUCCUUCUGCUAGAGAGCGCCCUCCUCUGGUUGCACUUCAAAAGACCAGACAGCCUGGUGGAGAUACAUAUUUGGUGAGAAACAAUUGGAAUUUUGGAGGGGCAAAAGGUGGACCCUGUCCUGAGUUGUACUCAAAACACCAUUCAGCCACUGUACUCCUUCCUGACCGUCCAGCAGGUCUGACGGACACUAAGAUAGUAGAUGGGGGCUCAUGCUUUAGCCCCAUGUCUGUCCUGCGGGUCCCCAGCCAAACGGACCUCAGCCAUGCCUACUCCCAGCAGUCCCUGUGCCGCAGUGUCAGCCAGCUCAUUGACAGGAAGUCGCUGAUGGAUGAAGGAAGCUGGGACAACCCUCUGGGACAGGACUCUGGGCUGUAUGUGGAAGAAGAGGAGUUUGUGGACAGCUUCAAGGCUUUCAGCUCUGUGAGAAAGGAACACACCAUGUUCAUCGACACUCAGUUGUAA